UUUGUGUAUUAUUAGUACUACUAUACUAAGAUAUAGUAGAAUUUGACAUUCUGACUUUUUCUGAUUGUAAUUUUCUAUUACAUAGAAUAUGCCUCAGGAUGGUCCAAAAUCAGCUGUGUACAGAUCAUUCAUUACAUGUGAGGAUCCUAAAGGAGUUGUGGAUUGUGGGAUGAUAAUGAGGAGAUCCAAAAGCAGUGGUGGUUCACAGAUAAUGGAUAAGCAGAAGAAGAUCGAAAUCCGAAGAAAUUCGAAGAAUUCAACUAAUAGAUCAUCUUCACUGGAGUUGAUCUCUCAAGAAGAUCAGUUUCAGAGUUCAUCAUCAUCAUCUACUUUUCAGCUGAUGGAAGUUUCUAGAGGAGCUCAGAGGCUGAACCACAUGAUAGAUUCCUGGUCAAAUGAGAAGAACAGAUUUGAUCAUGGCCAGUCCAAGGACAUUGCAAAGGAUUUGCUAAAAGGAGCGCUUGAUUUGCAGGAGAGUCUUGUUAUGCUUGGGAAGUUGCAAGAAGCUUCACAGUACAUGAGUACCUUGAAUAAAAAGCACAUGGAAAUGCCCCAAAGAGCUUAUUGGAAUCGCUAUGGAGAUCAAGAUUAUGUGAAGUCAAGGGUUUCUUCUGAGGGAUACUCUAAAAGGAAUAGUAAUGAGGAACUCAAGAAGGUGAUCAGAGACAGCCUUGUGAGGCAGAAAUUCUUAGAAAAUACAAGCACUGCUGAAAAGGGUUCUGCUUAUUCUCCUCAAACAUACAGGGAUUCAUAUUCAGAAAGUACUCCUUCCACAAGUUCAAGCCAGUCUUCUAUGUAUCAUAAUACUAGUGAGUAUUCCAGCAUUUCAUCACAAAAGGCAAAAGGUCCAAGUCUGAUUGCCAAGCUCAUGGGAAUAGUAGAGUACCCUUUAAAAUCUUUGCAGGAGGGUGAGAAGGUUUCAAAUCCGCAGAGACCUGCUUUUGAAAUUGAUAAGCCAAAGGUGAGGAAGCCCCAGACUGUAUCUCAAAGUGUUGAUCCAGGAAAGAGGACCUUAAAGGAAGUUCUUGACACGAUGCGGUUUAAAGGUCUUCUGAGAAACAAUUCUUUUGAAGAGCCUAAGUUUGACAUUCAUCAUUCUAGUCAUUUGGAAUUGGAGAAAAGUUUCGCUGGUGUUAGUCCACCUAUUGUGCUGAUCAAGCCGAUUUCUGUUCAAUCCCCAGAAAUGGAAGCAAAAGCACCAAUUGUUCGGGGAGAGGAAGCUUUCUACAACAGAAGGGUGCCUAAGAAAUUGAGAACACAAGAAGAGGUUUCUCCAAAAACAAUGAGUGGUAAAGAGGGAGCUUUGAAGUCUGACAAAGUGAAACAAAAACUUGAAGUAGAAGAGACACCAAAUAGAAAGACUAGCAAAGAAGAAGGAGCUAGAAAGCAUAGAGGAGCAGUGGACAAACAUGGAGAAAAAGAAACCAAGACGAAAGAAAUGGCUGCAAGAAAGUUGAAAGCUUCUCAACCUGUACUUCACAAGCCACAGAAGGAGGCAAUUGACAAGAGGGUUGAUAAGAUCCAAAAGGUGGCUGCUGUUAACAAGAUGUCCGCAGAGAAGGAUCCAGUGAAAGGUAAAACUGUGUCAAAAACAAAGUCUGAAGAUCAAGAAAAUGUGACAUCGGCCAAGGCAAGAAAGCCAGAAUCUGGAUCAAACACCAGAAAGACUCGAGUAUCUCGACAACCAAGUACUGUAACAAGCACAGGUUCCAAACGUUCAACAGCACAAAAUGCAGAGUCUAUUUCCACUGAACGCAGAAGGAAUCAGUUGAGGAAGGAGCAGCCAGUCAAGGAGCCUACAGGAGUUAAAUCAGUGGUAAGUAAUCCUCAUAAAAUUCCCUUUACUGGUCCAAACAAACUUUAUUUCCUUCUGUUUUACUUUGUUCAAAAUUAUGUGCAUCUCUGUUUUUAGUAGAGAAACUGAAGUGUCCAAACCACACUUUACCAUACAGGUUAACUUAGGAAAAUAAGAAAGAACUAAUGUGGUACACUUUUUCAUGCAGACCAAAAAUGUUGCGAGUGAAGAAAUUGUCAGGAGAACUGAUAUCAGUGAUAAGAGUGAGUCUUCUCUGAUCAGCUUCAAUACUGAUCCUGCAGUUCAUCUCAUUAAAAAGGAGGAAAAGAAGACCUAUGGAUCUCAGAGUGAAGGGUACUGCAAUAGUCUCCUGAGUUCUCUUUAUGAAGCUACAUCACUGAGCUCCAUGCAAGAAACAAAUUCUGAAACUGCAGAACAAGUUUUUGAAGACAUCAGUCAGAGUGGAAAGAAUGAAAAAACAGUUGGAAGUGAAGAUAAUCUCGGAGAAUUUCUUUUGAGCAGUGCAUCAUUUCUGAGUCAUGCGGAAGAGUUUUUCAAUCUUGAUGUGAAUGGCUCUACAAUCUUCCAAACACCUUCUAUCUCCAGUUCUGCAAUGUGCAGCACAAGACUAGUUUUAGAAUGUGCAAGUGAACUACUCGAGUGCAAAAGUUUUCAACUUUCACAAACAGUUAGUCCUCUGUCACUAACAUUACAAGGCAAGUCAAGAGUUAGCAUACCGUUGGACAAGUUGGUGGAGGAUGUUUGUAUUGGGAUCGAGAAUCUGAGAAGAUACAGCAAGCUUGCUGGUGAGAACCUAAUUGCAGAUAGUCUGUACUCAAUGUUGGAGAGAGAUGUAAUGUGCAAAGGAGUAGGGAAAGGAACAUGGGAUUUGGGUUGGAGGAAUGGAUUUUCUGGCGAUGAAGCUGAGCAAGUAGUAAGUGACAUAGAAAGACUGAUUUUCAAUGGACUGAUUGAGGAGGUAUUUGGAUAAUCAUACUUAAUUUUAUACAGGUUUAAGGUAACCAUAGCACCCUGUUCUUUUCUGUACAUAUAUUCAGCCCUAGAGUUUAGGAAGUGAGUACUAGAAACUCUACCCUUGAUUGGCAUCUGGAGGCUAUCAUCGUCUUUUACAUAUGCUUCUCAACAGUUGGAUGACAUGUUCUAACCUUAGAGGCAAGAUAAAGGGGAAGUUCAGCAAAUUAGGAUCAUAAUUCUUGUGUUAUUGUAAUUUCGAAAGUUCAAAUUGUUUCCAUAUGUAAUUUUCUUCAAAAUUCAGAACCACUUUAAGAAACAUAAAGAUCUGAAACCAGUCCUUGCAGAAAACUAUAUGAUAUGACUUGGUUGUAUCACUUGUAUGCAUGCUAUGAAUUCUUGUGUUAUCUGAAAGCAGAUAAACAAGAAAUACUCAGUCAUACUACCCCACAUACAUUACAUUUUUGAAACCAUAUCAACAAG